AUGCUACGAUGGCUCGCGGCUGAGACAGCGACCAAGAAGGAAUGGAUGUGCAUGGUGGGAGCUGUGAGAUCAUGCACGCGAACCAGGGAUAUCGCCGAGGGAAGACGAAUUCACGAGCAAAUUCUGGCCAGCCGGUUUGCGCAGGACAAGCAGCUGAGCAAUCUCCUUCUCCACAUGUACGGGCGAUGCGGCAGUGUGGACGAUGCACGCUCGCUCUUCCAGCAACUAGACAAUCCAAGCGUCUGUGCAUGGAAUACGAUGAUCCACCUCCUUGCACAGAAUAGACAUCUGGGCGAAGCGCUCGCGAGCUUCCAGGGUAUGCCGGAGAGGGACGUUAUCUCAUGGAAUACUAUGGUUACCGCAUUUCACCAAUAUGGGCAUUUGGAGAAAGCUACAGAAAUCUUUCACAAGACCCCGCAAUGGGAUCUAAGCGCCUGGAACUGCCUUGUGUCGGCGAAAGCUAACGCUGGCCUCGUAGAGGAGGCUUCGUGGCUCUUCCAAGUCAUGCCCGAGAGGAACAUCCAGUCGUGGAAUGUGAUCAUGCACGGGCUUGCCCAGUUUGGGCAUCUUAACGAGGCCAGCGUGGCGUUCCACCUGGCGCCCGAGUGGGACGUGGUCUCGUGGACGUCCCUCCUGGCGGCGUACGUGGAGGAGGACCGGCUUGAUGAGGCGAAGGCCAUGUUUGACGCCAUGCCGCAGCGAAAUGUGGUGACGUGGAACGCGCUCAUCCACGGCUAUGCCGUCAACGGUCAAUACGAGCGGUCAAUGGGGGUCGCGUGGCGGAUGCCCCAGCGGGACUGGCGUACGUGGCAGGUGAUGAUACAGGCCUACGGCGAGUGCGGGGACGUGAGACGGGCGGAGCUGGCGUUUGCGUCUGCCCGGCAGGAGCGAUCGCUCACAAACGCCAUGUUCCACGCGUAUGCCCUGAACGGGCAUCUUGACAAGGCCAAGACGGCGUUUGACAGCAUGGCCUACAAAGACGUGGUGGCGUGGACCGCAAUGCUGACGGCGUAUGCCCAAAAGGGGCAUACCCCGGACAUGAAGCUCGUGUUUGACGAGAUGCCAGAGAAGAACAUCGUCUCGUGGAAUGCGGUGGUGGCCGCGUAUACCCAGAACGAGGAGCUGGAGCUGGGAAUCCAGGCCUUUUCAAGAAUCCCUAAGUGGAGCGUCCCUUCGUGCAACGUGAUCUUACAAGCGUACGCCGAGCGCAGGCAACUGAGCGAGGCAGUGGACACAUUCCACGGAAUGCCUGAGCGGGAUGUGGUGUCGUGGACGGCGCUGCUCAUGAUCUACGCCCAGAGCAAGCUCCUGGAAGAGGCCAAGAGAACGUUCCUGCUCAUGCCGUGGAGGACCGUCAUCUCGUGGACGGGCAUGGUGUCGGCGUAUGCCCACCACGGGAUCCUGUCCGAGGCGAGGCAAGCGUUCGAGGCCAUGCCGUGGAAGAACCUCGUGUCGUGGAACGUCGUCCUCGAGGCGUAUGCCCGGAACGUCUGGGGCUGCAGAGAGGCGCUGGCGCUCUUCCACGCCAUGAAUCUUGAGGGCAUGGUUCCGGACGAGGCGAGCUUCACGUCCAUCUUGGCCGCGUGUGCUCACAUCGGAGUUGUGUCCGAGGCCUGCGGCUACUUGCGACUGAUGAACGAGUACUCGGACCUCCGCCCCGCGAGGGGACACUACAAUUGCAUCGUGGAUCUGCUGGGCCGGACGGGGGAACUGGCGGCGGCGGAGGAGGUGAUCGCCGCCAUGCCGGUGCCUCCCGAUGCGGUCUCAUGGAGGAGCUUGCUGGGAGCUUGCAGGAACCACGGUGACAGCGAUCGCGGCGGCCGCGCGGCGGCGCGUGUGGUGGAGCUCGACGACGAGGACACCGCGGUGUAUUCGCUGCUGUCCGAGUUGAUCUGGCAGGGAGAUCGAGAGGGAGAGAAGCUCGGGCUUGAUCGCGACCGAGAAAUCACCGGCAUCAUGUUCCUGGUAACGUAG